AUGGUAAGCCCUGAUCGUAUGGCAAAGGCGAUAGCUACAAUGAUUGAAGCAGUGAUGAACCAGGCUGCUGAGGACGCUUACAGACACGCGGAGGAGGCUGCACUGUCAUGGUUGAGAUUAAAGAGGUUUCCCUUUCUUUCAAACCCCAAUUUUUUUCUUCACUCUCACUUUCAUUCUGUUACUCAUUCCUUUCACAAUGUUGAUGAUGUUGUCUCCUUCUUCAACCGCAUGCUCCAAAUGCGGAUUACCCCACCCAUCAUCGAAUUCAACAAGGUUUUAACUUCACUUGUUAAGACGAAGCAUUACUCCACCGCUAUAUCGCUUUCUCGCCAAAUGGAGAUCACUGGAAUUACGCCCAGCCUUGUCACUCUCAGCAUCCUCAUCAAUUGCCACUGCUACCUAGGUCAAACCACUUCCGCAUUUUCUGUAUUGGCCAACAUUCUCAAGAGGGGUUUUCAACCAACUACCAUCACCUUCACUACUCUUAUCAAAGGUCUCUGUCUUCGCGGCAAUGUUCACAGAGCUCUGCAAUUUCAUGAUGUCGUGCUGGCCCAGGGGUUUCGGUUGAAUCAAGUCAGUUACGGGACCUUGAUCAAUGGGCUAUGUAAAAUGGGUGAAACAAGUGCUGCUUUGGAGUUUCUGAGACAGAUUGAAGGGCAAUUGAUUAUUCCUAAUGUGGUAAUGUACAACACCAUCAUUGAUAGCCUGUGUAAAGAUAACCUUGUUAGUCAUGCUUGCAAUUUAUAUUCUGAAAUGAUUGUCAAGGGAAUAUCUCCCAAUGUAGUCACGUACAAUGCUUUAAUAUAUGGCUUUUGCAUUGUUGGUCAAUUGAAACAAGCAAUUGGGUUGCUAGAUGAAAUGGAAUUGAAAAACAUAGACCCAUAUGUUUAUACUUAUAAUAUAUUGGUCGAUGCUUUAGGUAAGGAAGGAAAGGUGAAAGAAGCUAAGAACAUGUUAGCUGUGAUGAUGAAACAGGGUGUGAAACCUAAUGUUGUUACUUAUAAUUCUUUGAUGGAUGGGUAUUGCUUAGUUAAUGAAGUAAGCAAGGCCAAAUAUAUAUUCUGCGAAAUGGCUCAACGAGGAGAGACUCCAGAUGUUCAUAGCUACAAUAUCAUAAUCAACGGACUAUGUAAGAUUAAAAUGGUUGAUGAAGCUUUGAAUCUCCUUGCAGAAAUGGAUUACAAAAAGGUUGUUACUGAUACAGUUACCUACAAUUCUCUUAUUGAUGGUUUAUGCAAAUCAGGGAGAAUCUCUCAUGCUUGGGAGCUUGUUGAUGAGAUGCAUGCUAGAGGUACACCACCUGAUGUAAUCACUUACAAUUCUUUCUUGGAUGCUUUAUGCAAAAGCCACCAUGUUGAUAAGGGAAUUGCUUUAAUCAAGAAAAUUAUAGACAAGGGUAUUCAGCCAGAUAUGUGCACAUACAAUAUACUUCUGGAUGGACUAUGCAAAUGUGGUAGAAUUAAGGAUGCACAAGAGGUUUUUCAGGAUCUUUUUAAAAAAGGCUAUAAUUUGAAUAACUGGACAUAUAAUACUAUGAUCAAUGGACUUUGUAAAGAGGGCUUGUUUGAUGAAGCAUUGACAUUGAUGUCGAAAAUGGAAGGCAAUAGUUGCAUCCAUGAUCUAAUAACUUUUGAAACAAUUAUUUCUGCUCUUUUUGAAAAAGGUGAAAAUGAUAAGGCAGAGAAGCUUCUUCGUGAAAUGAUUGCUAGAGAUCUAUUGUGAAGGUAAAAUUAGGUGUGUUUAAACUUCAAAAGGUCAAAGGUGAAGCAACUUCAUUUCCCCCUUGAAAUUACAUUGGAAUUUUCAAGCAAUGGAGUAAGGGUCAUCAUUUGGGUAGUUUAAGCUGAUUGUUACCAGCCGGAAGAAAAGGCACUCAUCUGGUACUUUUUUCACUUUUUUGCAUCUGUUUCUUUUUUUUUUUCCUUUUUUGUAAUUUCCCCUUGGAACAUGACCUUUGUUCUCUAAAUUAUCAUAUCAUUACUAUAUUAAUUUCAACUCCUAAUUUCCUAUGAUUUUCCUUCAUGUGGAAUCUUCUACAACUACAUGGCAAGGCAUGAAAUUUUUCUAUGAA